UAGUUCCAAUGGAAAUCUUCACCACCAUAGCGUUGCUCUUCAUUCUCUUCCUCUCUCUCUAUCUCUACUCUUAUUUUCAUAGGAGCCCAAAGAAGAAGCACAUCAAUACCGGUUUCAAAAUCUACCCAAUAGUCGGAAUGUUACCGGGAUUCUUGAGUAACCGUCACAGACUGCUCGACUGGCUCACGGAAGUCCUGUCCCAAACGCCGACAAACACCGCCGUAGCCCGACGUCUCGGAAACGUACGAGGAGUCACAACCGCGAAUCCGUUAAACGUGGAGUACAUGCUCAAGACUAACUUCGAGAACUACCCGAAAGGCGACGGAUUCGUCUCCGUCCUCGGCAAUUUCCUCGGCCAAGGAAUCUUCAACUCCGAUGGCGAGAUCUGGAAGGUUCAGAGGAAGACGGCGAGCUACGAGUUCAACACAAAGUCGUUGAGAAACUUCGUCAUGGAAAAUGUCGUCGUCGAGAUCAAGACCAGGCUUGUCCCGGGUCUGAACAAAGCCGUGGAAACUGGUCAGGUCUUGGACAUUCAAGAUGUUCUUGAGAGAUUUGCUUUUGAUAAUAUAUGCAAAUUGGCUUUCAAUGUUGACCCGUGUUGUCUCGCCGGCGAUGGAUUCUUCGGAAACGACACCGGAGAAUUCAUGAAGGCUUUUGAGGAGGCGGCGACGCUUAGCUCUGGGAGGUUCCGGUACGCUUUUCCUUAUCUUUGGAAGAUUAAGAGGUUUUUCAACGUGGGGUCAGAGAAAAGGCUGAGAGAAUGCAUCGCGACUGUUCAUCAAUUUGCAGAUGAAAUCAUACUGCGGAGAAUGGAGAACAAAGAGGAAAACACCGAGGAAGAUUUACUGUCCCGAUUUAUGGCGUGCCAUAACGGCUCGCCGGAGUUUCUCCGAGAUAUCAUUAUUAGCUUCAUUCUUGCAGGGCGAGACACUACGUCUUCGGCUUUGACAUGGUUCUUUUGGAUCUUAUCCUCUAGACCGGACAUAGAGGAGAAGAUUUUGAACGAGCUUGAAACGAUUCGUACUCGAAACGGGAAAGAUAUCGGCGAAACGUAUAAUUUCAAUGAGCUCCGAGACAUGCACUACCUGCACGCUGCGAUUUCGGAAUCCAUGAGACUUUACCCGCCGGUACCGGCUGAUACUAAAGUGUGCCGAAAUGAUGAUGUUAUGCCGGAUGGGACAUUUGUAGGCAAAGAUUGGUUUGUCACCUACCAUACAUAUGCAAUGGGGAGAAUGGAGAACAUAUGGGGAAAAAAUUGUCUUGAAUUUGUGCCUGAAAGAUGGUUGGAAAAUGGUAUUUGCCGGCAAGAGAGCCCGUUUCGGUUUCCGAUCUUUCAUGCCGGUCCGAGAAUGUGUCUCGGAAAAGAUAUGGCUUAUAUUCAGAUGAAAUCCAUUGCAGCGACUGUGAUUGAGAAGUUUCAUAUUGAGGUACAAGACAAGGGAAAAACUCCGGACUAUGUACUUUCUUUGACUCUAAGAAUGAGAGGUGGCUUGCUUCUUAGGGUCAGGGAAAGAUGUAUUAUGCGUGAUAACUGAUUGUUAUGCGUAAUUCAAAUCCAUAUCCAGUGGCUGUUAGGUACAUAGACGCAAAGUAGAAGUACAUUGUUAUAUUUGUUUAAUCUUCCUUAAAU